AUGAACGCGAUCAAGACCUACAACGUCACCCGAGAUUCGGGCUGGAACUAUCGACACUUGCAGGUGCAGCAUAACAACCAGACGUUCCUAUGGGUCAACACGAGCGGAUCGGGCUUUCUCAAUGCCAGGCCGAGGAUGCAUCUUCAGACACAAUCGGAACAUGGACCUGUGGUUGCGGCGGCGGCGUUGAAGGCAUCGAGUGCGAGUUGUCGAGUCAUGCUGGGAAAUCCGGAUGCGACUGCGAAGGACGACUGGAUCGAUGUUCACAGCGACAAAACCCACGACAAAGACCUCGGAGCCAGCUCGUCGCGCAACACGCACUUCAAACUCCUCGACGGCCAGAACGAAAGCCAGGUCCUCGCCGUGUACAUCCAAGACCGGAAGUGGUUCGACUCGUCCAACGUGGCGAAGAUUGACUAUUUCGCUGAGCUGGAUCCGAAUCUGGAGUUGUUGAGUCUGGCGGCGAUUUUUGGGAUUGAGGAUAGGAUUCGCAGGAAGAAGAAUAAUAGUAAUGCUGCAGUUGUUGCGGCGACGUCUUGA